AUGUUCCUCGUGAUUUCGAUCAUACUACUCACUCUGACAAUCCUCUUUCACCUUAUCGGAAUUCUCCGCUCGGUCUUAUGGCGCCCGUACAUCAUUCAGCGACACUUCAAGAAACAGGGGAUUACAGGGCCCGGUUAUCGCCCGAUCACCGGCAACUCGUCGGAGUCCAAACUGAAGAUGGCGGAAGCAAGAACAAGGAGGAUAACUUCUUACGAGUAUCACCUUAGAGUCCUUCAGAACGCCAUACCUGGGUACUUUGAUUGGUCAGGAAUCUACGGCAAGACGUACUUGUACUGGUUUGGCAGUACUCCGAGGCUGGCGAUUUCUGACCCAGUUAUUGUUAAGGAAGUUCUGAUGAACAGCAAUGGAACGUUUCAGAGAUUAGAUUCCAACCCUCUGUCCAAGCAGCUUAUGGGAGAUGGGCUUCUUGAACUUAAGGGACAGAAAUGGGCUGUUCAUCGAAGGAUCGCUGCACUUGCCUUGAACAUGGAACAAGUAAAGGGAUGGGUGCCAAAAAUGGCGGAUAGUGUCCUCAACAUGUUUCAAAACUGGAAGGAAGGGAGAGGUGAAUUUGAGAUUGAUGUACAUAAGGAGUUUCACACCCUUUCGGCAGAUAUCAUAUCGAGAACCAUUUUCGGGAGCAGCUUUGAAGAAGGGAAACGCAUUUUCCAAUUACAAGAACAACAAAUGCAGCUCUUUUUCACUUCCUUGCUCAAUGUCUACAUUCCAGGGUUCCGGUUUCUGCCCACCAAAAUGAACAGGAAAAGGUGGAGCCUGAACAAGGAAAUCAGAGAAUCGAUUGGAAAGCUGAUCAUGGUGACCAACACCAGGAACUCCAGGAAUUUGCUCAGCUUGCUAAUGUCUACCCACAAGAACUCAGAUGGUGAAGACGAGAAAUUGGGAGUGGAAGAAAUCAUAGACGAAUGCAAAACCUUCUACGUUACAGGGAAAGAAACAGCCGCCAACGUCCUCACUUGGGCAGUUGUCUUGCUGGCCAUGAACCAGGAUUGGCAGCUCAAGGCCCGCCAAGAAGUUGUCGAGCUCUUUAAAGACCGCAGUACUCCUCCCACUUCAGAACUCGUCGGCCGUCUCAAACUCAUAAGCAUGAUUCUGAACGAGACCCUGAGGCUCUACACUCCAACGCCGCUGAUCGUACGGCAAGUCUGCAAAGACGUCGACAUCCAAGGCAUCCGAGUUCCGGCCGACACGCACAUCGUCUCCCACAUCAUAUCCUGCCACUACGAUCCCGAGAUCUGGGGGCCCGAUUCGGACCAGUUCGAUCCGGAGAGGUUCGGCCGGCCAGGGAAGCAUAUCUCGGCGUUUUUCCCUUGGGGUUUGGGUCCCAGGAUUUGCGUGGGACAGAGCUUCGCCAUGGUCGAGAUCAAGCUCGCCCUGGCCAUGAUCCUGAGGCGCUAUGCUUUUCGUCUGUCGGAGACUUACGUUCACUCUCCGGUGAACUUCGUGACGCUGCGGCCUCAGUACGGCGCUCAGAUCGUGUUCACCGGAGUUGAUGGCUGA